AGGAUUGUGGUUUCCCUCUGGGGCAGCCGAGCAAGCUGUGGCCAUAGGACUGGCAACUGGUGCUCAGCACCCCUAACCAGCUGCCUGCCGAGAAGCCAGACCCCCCUCCAGACCUUGUGCCCCUGCUCACCUCGGUGCAUGGGAUGGUGCAGUGCCCUGUGCCACAGGCCGGGCUCACCAUGGUGCUGGGUGCCAUUCUGACACGAGGGAGGGAUGUGUGCAAGCGGAACGGACUGCUCAUCCUGUCCGUGCUGUCUGUCAUCGUGGGCUGUCUCCUCGGCUUCUUCCUGAGGACACGGCACCUCUCACCACAGGAAAUUAAUUACUUCCAGUUUCCUGGAGAGCUUUUGAUGAGGAUGUUGAAGAUGCUGAUCCUGCCCCUGGUGGUGUCCAGCUUGAUGUCUGGCCUUGCCUCUCUGGAUGCCAAGACCUCCAGCCGCCUGGGCAUCCUCACUGUGGCAUACUACCUGUGGACCACCUUCUUGGCAGUCAUCGUGGGCAUCAUCAUGGUCUCUGUCAUCCACCCAGGCGGGGCAGCCCAAAAGGAGACAACGGAGCAGAGCAGGAAGCCCAUCAUGAGCUCAGCCGACGCCCUGCUGGACCUUAUCCGGAACAUGUUCCCAGCCAACCUCGUGGAAGCCACAUUUAAACAGUACCGCACCAAGACCACCCCCAUUGUCCACUCGCCCACUCUGGCAUCAGAGGUUUCUCCUCGGCGUAUCCUCAUCUACAGCCUCCAGGAAGACAAUGGUUCUCGGGUACAGAACUUUGCCCUGGACCUGACCCCACCGCCCGAGGUGGUUUACAAAUCAGAACCUGGCACCAGCGAUGGCAUGAAUGUUCUGGGCAUCGUCAUCUUCUCUGCCACCAUGGGCAUCAUGCUGGGCCGUAUGGGCGACAGUGGGACCCCCCUGGUCAGCUUCUGCCAGUGCCUCAACGAGUCUGUCAUGAAGAUCGUGGCGGUGGCGGUGUGGUACUUCCCUUUUGGCAUCGUGUUCCUCAUUGCUGGCAAGAUCCUGGAGAUGGACGACCCCACCGCCGUCAGAAAGAAGCUGGGCUUCUACGCCAUCACAGUGGUGUGUGGGCUGAUGAUCCACGGCCUCUUCAUCCUGCCCCUCCUCUAUUUCUUCAUCACCAAGAAGAACCCCAUUGUCUUCAUUCGCGGCAUCCUCCAGGCGCUGCUCAUCGCACUGGCCACCUCCUCCAGCUCAGCCACGUUGCCCAUCACCUUCAAGUGCCUCCUGGAGAACAACCACAUCGACCGGCGCAUCGCUCGCUUUGUCCUGCCCGUGGGCGCCACCAUCAACAUGGACGGCACCGCGCUCUAUGAAGCCGUGGCCACCAUCUUCAUCGCCCAGGUCAACAACUAUGAGCUGGACUUCGGCCAGAUCAUCACCAUCAGCAUCACAGCCACUGCAGCCAGCAUCGGGGCGGCCGGCAUCCCCCAGGCCGGGCUCGUCACCAUGGUCAUCGUGCUCACUUCCGUGGGCCUGCCCACCGAUGACAUCACCCUCAUCAUCGCUGUCGACUGGGCUCUGGACCGUUUCCGCACCAUGAUUAACGUAUUGGGUGAUGCACUGGCCGCUGGGAUCAUGGCCCACAUCUGCCGGAAGGACUUUGCUCAGGACAUGGGCACCCAGAAACUUCCACCCUGUGAGACCGAGCCAGUGAGCCUCCAGGAGAUCAUGGUGACCCAGCAGAACAGCUGUGUGAAGAGCGUGGCUGAGGCCGCGGAGCUGACCCUGGGCCCCGCCUGUCCCCACCACAUCCCCGUCCAGGUGGAGCAGAAUGAGGAGCCGGCCACCACCAGCCUGGACCACUGCACCAUUGAGAUCAACGAGCUCGAGACCAAUGUCUGAGCCUGUGGAGCUGCAGGGAGGCCUCAGGCGUGAAGGCCCAGGAUGCAGCUUUCCUGAGCCACCGACAGGCUCACACAUUCUUCCCGCCCUGUGUGGCCGGAAUUCACUCUACUGGGGGGAAAUAGAGUCUAGAGAGAAAGCCCUGGUGGCUGAGUGGUGGCCUGACACGAGCCCAGCCCUGCUGUAUGUGUCCACUGUGUUGGCCUGUGUGGCAGCGGCAAGGGUCACAGCCCCCAGCUUCUGGGUGACAGAGUUGAGGCUCCGACAAUGGAAAACACCUGCCCUGGGUCUCAGAACAAGUGGUGUGUAGGCCGGGAGACUGGCUCUCAUCUUUCCAAGUCCAGGCCACACCCUCCUGGAGGACAGGGGCACCAGCAGGUCCAGAUGCUAAGAGGAGUCCCAUAAACACCACACCCCUCUCCAGCCAGGGGCUCGCACACACUACAGCUUUCGAUCUAUGAAGGCUUAACCACAGCCUCCUGCUCCUGCCCCAGCUGCGUGCCAGCCCAGUCAGCCCGUCUCUUCCAUAACACAUGGCCUCAGUGAGCAUCCCUGAAGACGGGCCCAGCUGGAGGUCAAGGCCCGGUGCCUUUCACAUGCCGCAGCCUUCCGGUCAUCCAGUGUGCAAACUGGCUGUCUGCACCUGAGCUGCAUGGACCCUGAGAGAUCCCUGAUCCACUGGACAGGUGGGCCUGUGAAGACCUGGGGAGGCAGGCUCACCUGGCAUGCUUUGGUCAAGCUGCCCACACAAUCCUAAGUUCAGAACUCCCCCAAAAGCCUGUGUGAUGAAGCAAGUCACAUUUUCUA